GAUACUGCCGAGUUUAAACGCUGUCAGUGGUAGCGCACCUUUGUCUGUUGGAACCAGUGUGCGAAACGACUAAUUACUUGUUUUAUUUUGCACGGAGCCGGCCAAUUACACAAAUUCCGUGUUUUUCAGGAUAAUCGCUGACCGGUGUACGUAGGUAGGUGACGUGAGGAAGAAGCUGCCGUCAUGGUGAAGAAAAAGAGACUUCGCCUCAUAGCGGAAAUGGCUCGGAAGAUUCGGGCGUACAGAGAGCUCAAGUCCCGGCCGCGGGAGUCUCAGAAGUACGCCCUGGACUAUGAGACGAUGAAACGGCCGCACACGGGGAAGAUGCUACCUGUGCUGGCCUGGCAGGAUGUCCGCAGGGAGAGCCGCCUCUUCUCCCUCCUGGCCGGGAUGAGGAUGUUCGGAGUAGGCCGCCUCUUCACCCGCAAGUCCUGGCUGGAGGACCACUCGGAGCCCAGCUACUGGCAGAUCACCAAGGUCAAGGUGGACUACACAGCAGAGAACAUGGAUCAUGGCCGAGCAUGGGGGAUCCUCACUUACAAAGGGAAACAGGAGAGUGAGGUCAAGGAGGUGGACAAGGUGAUGUACCACGACUGGCGCCUGAUUCCCAAACACACGGAGCAGCAAUUUAAGGACUUUGAGCCCCUUCCUGAGCCGCCCGUCCGAAAUGUCCCCUACCCUCCCCUGCUCCGUGCCAUGCUGCUGGCACAGCAGAAGAAAGCAGAAGGCACCAGAGCGAUGGAGGAGCCUCUCUUGCCUUUAAAGAGGGACAUUUUGCUGAGCAAAGAUUAUUUCCGCAGGCAGGAACAAGAGCAACAGAGGAAAGAGGGGACAGCGGUGUGAUAGCUGAACCUAAAUGUUUACUCAUUUUGGACAUUGCUGGACCAGAUCAGUGUUGACAGUGUCUCAGUGUCCUGCUUAAUCCUGAUGACGUCUUUUUGCAUCUGAUGCAGGACCUCAUGUAUGUGUGUGGUGUCCUGUGCUGAAUAUUAAAUAUGAGAUAAACUGUG